AUGGUGGAUGCACCAGGCAGGCAGAGGGAGCACAUGCAGGAACCCAGCCCCACUGGCACCGCGGUGGAGGUGGCUGUGAUCCUCACGGAGCUGAUCCGCGGCUGCGCCGGCAUUCCUGGGCUGAUUUCUGGAGAUUCAGACACAGGCCGGGUGGACAUGCACAGCCCCCCCUCCGUGUCCCAGGCGGUCCCCACACCACCCUCCACCCGUGUCACCGUGGGUGCCCGUGCAGCCUCUUCACUCGUGUCCCCGCGGGUCCCCAGCAGCCCCCUCACCGUGUCCCAGCCGGUCCCCCACAUCCCACAUCCCACAUCCACUCGUGUCACCCAUCCACUCGCGUCCCUACAUCCCCCUCCCAGUGUCACAGCGGCUCCCCCUCCCCACACCGCCUGCCCCCGCGACCUCCGGCCCCGCCGCCCCGCUCCCGCCGCCCCGGUCCCCGCCGCCGCGGGCGGGGGUGUGCCGCCACCGGACUACAUCCCCCAUCAGCCCGCGGGCCGGGCCGCUCCCGCAGCGCCCAGCCGCCUUCAAACAAAAGAGUUUCUCCCCGCGGGGCCGCGCUCCGCUCCGCGCCCCCCGCACCCCCCGCACCCUAGCCUGGUAGUCCCAGGGAUAAUGGAAAGGAACGGGGGUUUCGGCGAUUUAGGCUGUUUCGGUGGGAGCGGCAAAGACAGAGCGCUGCUUGAGGAUGACCGGGCGCUGCAGCUCGCCCUGGACCAGCUCUGCCUGCUGGGGCUAGGCGAGCCUUCCUCCUCCUCCUCCUCCUCGGCCGUGGUGCUGGUGGAGGACAGCAACAACAACAACAAUAACCCGCCGCCGCCGCCGCCGCACCGGCCCCGGGACACUCCCCCGCGGCCGGGGGCCCCGCCGCCGCCCCCGCCGCUCCCUCCCGCCCAUUGCUGCAAGAUCAAAGCCCUGCGGGCAAAGACCAACACCUACAUCAAGACCCCGGUGCGGGGGGAGGAGCCGGUCUUCAUGGUGACAGGGCGGCGGGAGGACGUGGCCAUGGCCCGGCGGGAGAUCAUCUCGGCGGCCGAGCACUUCUCCAUGAUCAGGGCCUCCCGCAACAAGGCGGGCACCACCUUCGGCAGCGCGCCCACCCUGCCGGGGCAGGUCACCAUCCGCGUGCGCGUGCCCUACCGCGUGGUGGGGCUGGUGGUGGGACCCAAGGGAGCCACCAUCAAGCGGAUCCAGCAGCAGACCAACACCUACAUCAUCACGCCCAGCCGAGACCGGGACCCGGUCUUUGAGAUCACCGGCGCGCCGGGCAACGUGGAGCGCGCCCGCGAGGAGAUCGAGACGCACAUCGCGGUGAGGACGGGCAAGAUUCUGGAGUACAACAACGAGAACGACUUCCUCUCCAGCAGCCCUGACUCCGGCAUGGAGAACCGCUACUCAGAGGCUUGGCGGGUCCACACGCCAGCGCCGGGCUGCAAGCCCCUCUCCACCUUCCGCCAGAACAGCCUGGGCUGCAUCGGCGACUGCUCUGUUGACCCCGUCUACGAGACCCCCCGGCUGAACGACCAAAACGACUUCAAUUACGGUUACCUCUUCCCCAACUACGGUGUGAACAAGCAGGAUUUGUACUACGGGGUGCCGGAGUCAGGGGCCCCCAUGUGGGCUGGGCAGGAGAACACCAACCCUGUCUCGGUGCUCUUCUCAAAGCAGCAGCGCUCCAGCAGCACCGGCACCAUCCACCCCAACUCCCACCGCUCGCCGUCCUCCUCCAUCCCGGAGCCCGGCCUCUCCGGGCUGCCGCGGCGGUCGCAGGGGGAGCCGCUGCAGGGCUUUUCCAAGCUGGGAACGCCCGCCGCUGCCCGGACAUCGGUGGGCAGCAGCCGCGAGUGCAUGGUGUGCUUCGAGAGCGAGGUCACGGCCGCGCUGGUGCCGUGCGGCCACAACCUGUUCUGCAUGGAGUGUGCCGUGAGGAUCUGCGAGAGGACUGAUCCCGAGUGCCCCGUCUGCCACGCGGCAGCCACUCAGGCCAUUAGAAUAUUUUCCUAA